UUGUGUCAGCUGCACUUUGAGGGGGCAUAGGAAACAUAAGGAUCUAAAAAAAUGGCUGUUUCCUUAUUUCCUGCCUCUUGCCACCCUGAGGCCACUGACCUGGCAUUAAAGUAGCACCUUGUUACCCCUCCCAUCUUUUACUUGGUUUGCAUGUGGCCUGAUAUGAUUUUUGUUUGUUUGUUUUGCUUUUUGAGACAGGGUUUCUCUAUGUAGCCCUGGCCAUUUGGAACUCACUCUGUAGACCAGGCUGGCCUUGAAUUCAGAGAUUCUCCUGCCUCUGCCUCCCAAGUGCUAGAAUGAAUGGUGUGUGCCACCACUGCUGAGCCAGAUAUGAUGAUCUUAAUCUGCAUGCUGGGGCAUCCUAUUACUUGUAGUCCAAGUCAUUGUGAACCAAAGGGUGGCUGGACAAAACUAUCUCUGAUUCUGGUUCCCCUCCCAUCUCUUUCUUCUCAUUCUAUGACAACAUCCAGCUGCCUAAAACCAAAGGAAACACCCACUAAACUACUAAAUACCCUUCACUGGGUCCCUAUGUAAGCCUGGGGAUGGAGCCAUAGACCAAUUGGCAACCCCCACCCCACAGGGAAGUCCAAGCCUAGAGAGGCCAACAGGAGGCUGGGGAGGGUUGGAAGAAGAAUGCUGUGGGGCUUGGGAGGUUAGAGAUUGUAGGAAAGAGGUUUUAUUCCCACACUAGGCAGGUCAUAUCUAUGUCUCCUGUUUACUGGACACAAGUCUCCAGUUUUCCUGCUGUCUCCUGCUCAUUUUUGGGCUCCUUGGGUCCCUUCCCAGAUUAAAUAUCCAUGGCCCCACCUGCACAGACACUGGGUUUACUUUCUCUUCAUUCUGGUGCUGUCCCAAAGUACAUUCUCUAUCCCCCUCAUCUCAAAAACUCCCUGACUACCUCUCCUUGAGGCCCCAUGUCAGCCUGGGGAUUUCCUACAGGGUCAAACUGCCAGGACCCUCUGCUGCCUGGAAUAUACUCACUGAGUCCUAUGAAACAAACCACAUGGAAAUACAAGGAGCUCAUAAAAUAAAGGAGAUAGCAGUGAGCAGAUAAAAAUCACCUCUACCCACCACCCGGUUAUAAAAGCUGCUCAUUCUUGGGAGUCCCUUGCAGUGGGUACCUAGAAGAGGGUGGGACAGGAAGUCUGACAUAGGUGCUGACAUUUACUGAUGUCAUCUGCUUGAAAACAUCUCCCCAGGUAUAUGAUCUGUGUCUUUUGAUCUUUGUGGUCUGUGUGUGGUUGGCACAAGAGCACUGUGGAAAGAACCUCUGUGGAGCUCAUUAACAGCUUAUAGCCUUGCAAGUCUAUAUCAAGCAGACCAUGCCCAUGGCUGAGCUUAAACACGACACCAAGGCCAAAAUUCUCAUGAGAUGCCCCCAAGGUACAUUGCAAGGCAGUGUUUAGGGGGUGAGUCAAUGCUUUGUUAUCUUUCCCUGCGGAAGAGGCCAUUGCCUAGAGAACAGGGAUCCCCAGUGUGAGGAUAUCAUGGUUGGCAGGAGAUACCAUGUGUAUACCGUACACUCCCCAGGGUUGGGGUGAUACUAUGAAGGCAUGGUCCUGGCUGACCUCUUAGAUUUUUGUUUGUUUGUUUGCUUGAGACAGGGUAUCUUCCCAUAACUCUGGCUGUCCUGGAACUCACUAUAUAGUCCAGGCUGGCCUCGAACUUAGAGAUCCACCUGCCUCUGCCUCCCGAGUGCUGGGAUUGAAGGUGUGUAGUGUACUACUAUGUCCAGCUCCAAAUAUGGAGUGCUUCACAAAUUUUUGUGUCAUCCUUGCAUAGGGGCCAUGUUAAUCCUAUCCUUGUAUUGUUCCAAUUUUUGUAUAUGUGCUACCAAAGUGAGCACCCCCUUAAUUUUUUUUAAAUGGUUAGGAACAUAGCCAAUACUGCCCUCAACACCUUUAUGUGGAAUCAAGGAACACGGUGUCCUUUCUGCCUUUGUACUCAGACCCACCUCCUUGGCCAGGAGCUGUUUGUUUCUCAAAGAAGAGGUUCUGCUGAGGUUAGCCUAGAGUGGAGUACCCAGAGCCCCCUCCCUACCCUGCAGUGACCAGGGCUACCUCUCAGGAGGCUUACACACCUGUGGCCAGAGAACAACAAGGGCUGCACAGCUAGUAACUUCUGACAUUUCCUACUUCCUCAGGCUCCUCCAACAGCAGCUUAGAAGGGUGUCAGACCAGGUUUCCUAGGUCUUCCACAAUCACAAUAGUCUCCACACCUACCACUUGUGGGUAUAACCAUUGUUAUAUUAGAGAUUCCCAUGCUCACUCCCAAUAUUCCCCAAAGUCCCCACCACGUUUCCCUGUGCUUAGCUUUAGCUGGAAGAUGUAGGAAGUAAGGCUGAAUAAUCCAGAAAGGCUUAUAGAGGCAGGGUUCCAGAACCUGCUAGUGACCACAUGGAGAAACUGAGGCUCAGAAAGAAAGGAUAGUCUCACUAUGAGGAGGCCUGAAGGGCUCCAUCAGGGACUCCCUUCCUGUUGUCUAGAAUUGUGUGUGGAGGUGAACAAAAGUGGCUCCAGAGAGAGCCAAGAGAUCCAACCUGGAACUGCCAGGGCUGGGUCUGGGCAGGCCAUACGCUUCAUGUGCCUGCUAGAAAUGCCCAGCUUAUGAUGAUCUUCUCUGAAAGGCAUGAUAUAUGCUCUGGACUACCCUCACUGGCUCUCUUAGUUUCCCAAACCCAGAGAAGCUCCCUGGGGUGGAAGAGGAAAGGGUACAACAGUAAAGGGUACCCACAGGCAGUGUGGCAGCAGCACAUGUGAAUGGGGCAUCCUUUUCCUCAGCAGCCUAGCCAGGGUGGGUAUGCUGGAGUUGGAAGAGGCUUGUUGGGGUUCAGGAGAUGUCAAGGAAGAUGAUAUAGCUUUGUUGCACACUUCACAGAAGGCCUUUACAAGCACCACAUGCCUGCCGGAAGAUGGAGGUGGAGCUGGGCUGGAGCCCAAGCUGAGGGGUGGGGACAGAGGCAGGGGCGGGGACAAGGCAUGUUGGAGCAGGCUGGGGACUACUAAAAAUCAGCCAACAGGAAGAAAACUCAGGAGAAACACUAUGGGAGCGUGGGCUGUGCUGUGUGGAGUCUCAUUGAUUUGUAUGCUGGACCUAGGUCAGCAGAGCCUGGUUGAGGAACCUAGUUGUGGCCCUGGCAGCUUCCAGCAUGGAACUGGCACCAACACGCGAUGCUGCAGCCUGUGUGUUCCAGAAGACCUGUCCUGAAGGAGACUGUAUGUGUGUCAUGCCGGAGUACCACUGUGAAGACCCUCAGUGCAAGACCUGCAAACACUACCCCUGCCAACCAGGCCAGAAGGUGCAGCUUUAUGGGAAUAUUAAGUUUGGCUUCGAGUGUGUUGACUGUGCCAUGGGCACCUUCUCCGCAGGUCGUGAGGGCCACUGCAGACCUUGGGCCGACUGUGCCCAGUUUGGAUUUCUCACCAUGUUCCCUGGGAACAAGACUCACAAUGCUGUGUGCAUCCCGGAGCCACUGCCCACUGAGCAACAUGGCCAUUUGACUGUCAUCUUCCUGGCCAUGGCUGUGUGCAUCCUCUUCCUAACUACAGCCCAGCUCUGCCUACAUAUAUGGCAGCUGAGGAGGCAGCACAUGUGUCCCCGAGAGACCCAGCCACACUUGGAGGUACAGCCACCAGCUGAGGAUGCUUGCAGCUUCCAGUUCCCUGAGGAGGAGCGUGGGGAGCACAUGGAGGAAAAGAGUCGUCUGGGAGACCGGUGGCCAUGAGGGUUGUUCUUCCUCUGUACCCCAAACCAGAUCCUCUAAGACUUGCCCAGACCUACCCUUGGUGAGAGCAAAGGCUCUACUGUGCAUCCUUCCCUGGGCCUGGCCCUGCUCCCCUCGAUGGCGGAAGUGGGUGUAAGGUGUUAAUGGUGGUAAAUUACACCUGGGUGUAGAAAGAGUGGUGAUUACAGUGGCCCUAUGGCUGCCGUCCUCUUUUGCCAGCUCUGUUGGAGUAGGGCCUUUAGGCUCUCCAAGAGCACUGAGUGUUCAGCACAAGACCUUGUAUACAUGGUUUUCAAUAAAUACUUGUC